AUGUUGUAUGCAAAUGAGCUUCAAGCGAACGGUUGCGAUCUUCAGAACUGGUAUUUUACCUCGAAUUUGCUCUCGGAAGCCGACCCGACCUGGCAAGCGUUCUAUGAAGACGCCCUAAAUCCCGAUUCCCCUUUAACUGGGCCAUUCACUUUUCCGUCUACGGGAGGAAGCAAAUACCAACCGAGGGCUUGUUAUGACGAUAUGCACCGUCGGAUGUGGGAGCAGACCAUGGUAUUUUGGAAUCAUGUUGUCAUUUGCGGUCAGCCAGGUAUCGAUAUGUACGCAUCGUUGCUCCGGUCACAACCGACUAGUAACUACUAUACACUCUGCAGGGAAAACAGUUUCUUUAUGGUACCUGAUGCGGGCGGUUUUGCGCCACAACAACAUGCUACCGAUUGUCUAUGUAGCAGGGGGACACGCUUUCAUCUUCUUCAACCGGAGGGUUUUCUACGACUCGCAAAUCAACGAGAUGAAAUUUCCUUCCGAAGCGAAACAUGCGAAACCUGUGAAGUUGCUGGUAUUUGUGGACUGCGAUGA